GCAAGGCGGACAUUUUGAAACGCUUGGGACAUCUAUGGUCGAUCAAAGUGAAGUUGAGUAAGACGAGCUGCAAUGAAUCGACGGGAAUUUGAAGAGGAAUUGCGUGCUUACAAUGGCAAUGAUCCAUUUGAAGUGUGGCAUAGAUAUAUACUUCAGAUGGAGAAAUGCUGUCCAGAGGGAGAAAAGGAUAGCAACCUCGUUGAACUCUUAGAUCGCUGUAUUAGGAUGUUUAACAACAUACCACAUUACAAAGCUGACCAGCGCUAUGUGUCAGCAUGGAUCAGAUAUGCUGGCUUCUGUAAAGAACCACUGGAAAUAUACAGCUACAUGCAAAAACAAGGUAUUGGUGUUACAUUGGCCAUGUUCUAUGAGGCUUGGGCUAGUGCUACUUGGCAGUUGGGAAGCAGUCAAAAUGCAGACCUCAUCCUUCAGGAAGGUGUUCGCUGUCAGGCCCAGCCAGUUGACCAACUUCGAAGAAAACAGGAGGAGUUUCAGAAGAAGACACAGGCUGCAUCUGCAAGGGCUGGACACUCCAAACUAUCAGCAUCUAGAGAUGGACAUAUUCAGGUGUUUAACAAUGAGAAUGUCAAUCCUAACAUACCUGCUCAACCCAAAGGCCAUAUUCAGAAGUAUAAUGACGAAAACAUGAAUCCCAAUCCGGCUCCGAAAGUUCAAAUAUUCAAUGACGAGAAUUUGAAGCCCAGUCUACCUCCACAAGUGCAUAACGACGAAAAUGUGAAUCCCAGCUGUCCGUCACAGUCAAAUCAGCGAAUAAUGUACUGUAAGGAGAAACUACUGAUGGGAGUGGAAGAGCUGUCUUUUGAAGAGCUUCGUGCCAGGCGUUGGUGGGAAAAGCGUAAAAGGGAGAAAGAGAUUCAGGCUUUAAUUGACGAGCAGAAACGUGGCCUAGAGGAGGAGAAGAGACAAUUCAUGGAGGAGAUGGAGAAAAAUCGUGCAAUGCUAGUGCAGGAGGCUGAAAAAAUUAAACAAGAACGUGAUAGAUUGCGACAGGAACAAGAAAUGAUGCGUCUGCAGUGUCAGCAGCAGUUACAUCAGAAGCAAGCUGAGAUACAGAGAGAGAGUGGAGCAAUGAAACAUCUUAACUUUGGAAGUGAUAGUUCAAUGAGAUCAGAGUUGCAGUCUCGAGGAUCAAACUCAGGCGAUCACACUGAGGACUUUGGUUUGCGUCCAAUCAUAUCUCAGACGUGUGGAUCUGGUGACAAAACAGAUACAAGUCUCCGAUAUACACCAGUAGACCAGAGUCUCAACACACCGAAUGACAGCCAGACCUCAAGGCAGUUCUCAAGUGGUAGACCGAGUUUGACAGCACCUUCACCUACUGUUAAUAUGAAGGAAGCCCUCCAAUUAGUGCAGGGAUUUUUCAAUGCCUCCCUGGACCUGGAGAAAGAUUUAGGAUGGGGAGGAGACAUGGGGGUUCCACAAAGGAAUGAUGGCAUUGGUGCCCCAGAACACAGAGUACAACCUGUAGAGCAACCAAAACCAAGUGGAGGAUUAAUGUUUUCCAUCUAUGAUGAAACGCAGGAGAAGGAAAAUGCAUCUGCUGCAGUAAGCAAGAAUGAAGAUCAUGUGGACAAGGAGAAUUGUGGAGAGCCUCGGAUACCACGACAGAAUCUUGCAUACAAUGUCAAACCUCUGACACAGAAGUCGAAGCCUGCAUCUCUUUCCAAAAAAAUGGAGUUCUUGGUGCUACAGGAAGGCGACACUCAGAUGGAGGGUAUAGAGUCCCAGGCUAUGGAUGACUGUACUAUUGCUCCUGUGGGGUCUCAUCUCAGCUUUGCCGCUGCAGCCCACAUCGCUUCGACACCCUUCAAUGCCAACAACUCUCAUGGGGCCCAGACGAACUUCACUCUUGAUCUUGAGGAAGAAGUGAGCAAGCAAAGUGAGACAGAAGUCAAAGAUGCUCAUAAAUCUGCUGGCAGUCUAUACCAGGAUGCUGCAAUGCAACCCAAUAACCUCAGCCCAAUUAUGGAGGGGAGUAACGAGGAAUCGUCAGGUCACCAGACAGGCAUAUCUAUGGGUGGGGACAGUGUGUUCCAUAGUUCUCGGGGCCGUCAUCCAUCUGCUGACCAGAAACCAAACUGCCAUUAUCCAACGGAGAUAGACAACCACAACGAAUCUGCUCACCUGAUUGACACAUCUGGUUACAUACCACUUGAUCUGGAUGAAAAGACAGAGGCACUGUUGUCCAUGUCUAUACGUAUCGACCCACACAAUCCCUUUGACAGUGACACCAUUGAAGGGUUCCUUGCAAAUUUGCCCCAGCCUCUUAGUAUGUUUCCUAACUACAUUGACUGUCAUGACACGGAAAUGCAGGAGGUUACUGCAGAGACAAUAGUCUGUUUUGGUGAUGACCCCUAUACAGUGGAGUCUCUUGUUGGAAAGGGUGGCUAUGCCUCUGUCUACAAAGCCUCACCCAUCAACUUCACUUGUGAUGUUCCAACUGGCAUGUGUCAGGUUGAAUUAUUUGCUAUGAAGAUACAAAAACCAGGAAACCCUUGGGAGUUUUACAUAUGUUCUGUGAUACCAGAAAGACUAAAGAAGCUCCAAGCACUUAAUGAUUCACAAGCAAUGAUGUCCAUCCAGAAAGGUUAUUUCUUCCAAAACUCCAGUUGUUUGAUCACUAAGUACUUCGAGCUUGGCACACUCCUGGAUCUUGUAAACUUGGUGAAGAAGGAGAAGCAGCAGGUCCCAGAGUCUGUGGCGAUGUACUGCACCAUCGAGUUGAUACGUAUUGUGGAGAGUUUACAGAAAUGUGAUAUUAUACAUGGGGACGUCAAACCUGACAACUUCCUGGUUCAGGGCCUAGAAAGUCUACCUGUGAGCUCUGACCCAAAUGUGGUGUUUGGAGGUGGCCAUCGCCCCUUCCAGCUUAUUGACUUUGGACAGAGUAUUGACAUGACCAAGUACCCCCCUGGUACCACUUUCAUGGCACAGGUGAAAACUUCAGGUUUUCAGUGUAUUGAAAUGAAGACCAAUAUGCCUUGGACCUAUCAGACGGAUAUGUUUGGUCUUGCUGGCACUAUACAUGUGCUGUUGUUUGGACAGUACAUGAAGGUGUACAAGGCAAACGAUGAAUGGAGGAUGAACAGUUCCGUCAACAGGAGCUGGAACAACUUGUGGAAAAGUUUUUUCCACACAAUGCUAAACAUCCCCAGCUGUUAUGAGUUGCCCGACCUUGGCAAGAUUCGGCGCCAGUUUGAAUUAUAUUUCAUUGAAAAUCUGCUGGAGAAUUUCAAUACCCAUCAGAGUAAACUACGCUUGCUCAUGAUGAAGCAAUUGAUCUAAGAGUGCCUUUCCAACGUGUACUGCAUAGUUGGAAUAGAAUGGUUUGAAACUAAAUGCAAAACUGGACAUCUGAUUACUGUCAGGUUGAAUUUUGACUUUUGACAAAAUCUUACCUGUGUAAAUGAGACAUCUAUUUUACCCAUGUGAGGUCACUUUUUACAGGAUUCAAUAUAUAAUAUGUAUCAUUAAUUUAUUCAGCAAUUUCAAAAUACUUUAUGCAUAUGCCUUGUAUAGCAAAGAAAAGCCACCAUCCAGCCCUGUUGGUGUCGAGAUAAAGCAUGAUAGAUCAACUUCUGAAACCCUUGUCAGUAAGUGCUGGUUCAACUUCAAGCAUUUGGGGAUCACCAUGUAACAGUAAAAUACAAUGUAUGUUAUUUUCUGUAAUAUUUGUUAAAAUAGCUAUCAUGAAUGUAAAAUUAUUGCAGAGUAUUUUACUUCAAACUAGUUUGUUAAUGUAUUGAUACCACACAGAUGAUGGUAAGCAUCAAUUGUCAUAGAUUAGUGUUUUUAAGUGUAUGUUUAUUUUUGGACAAAUUAUGUUUCAUAGCGAAAAUUAUUUCAAUGACCUCACAUUAAAGGUAAGAUUUGUUUCUUAUUUGAUUUAUACAGCAUGUGAAAUAAGAACAAGUCUAGAGAAAGUGACUUAAUGAACAAGUCUAGAGAAUGUGACUUAAUGAAUGGUGUGUGAUCGAGUUACAAGUGGUGUGAAUGGAUGGAUUUAGUGUGGAAUGAAUAGUGUGAAAAUUAUAACAGCAGUUGUCACUCUUAACCAGUACUUUUAUUUAAAUGAACCUCUCUCCAACUGUCUUUCUUCCUAUCUCCUAUUCUCUCCUUCAUUGAUAUAUACAAAAUUAAAUAUGAACAUAAAUCUCAAAUUGACUCUUUUUGUGUUGUUUUUUAGCCCUAACAUUUGAUGGUGUGCUAAAUGAUGUUGGACUAUUCAAAUCAUCCUCCAUCCGACUUUACUAAUUCUAAGACUUGUGUUCUCAAGUACUGCACAUAAUUUUGAAAUAAAUCAUAUUUCUCAAUAUUAGGUGUGAACAUUCAAGUUCUCUAAAAGAAGCUGCUGUUUACGACAGAGAUAUAGGAGAGGAAAAAUACAAAGACCAGAAUAGGACUUAAAGUCUGGAAUUCUGAUAUCUAGACCGAUGUUCUAACCAAUUGAGCUACCUGUCACUGGGGAUCAGCUUCCAAGUCUUGUUUUACAAAGAACUCCUCGAAGUCAUAUUUCAAUUUUCCUAUUUAUUCAUGAUAUCAAGUAUGACUGGAGUAGCCAAAUCACAAGUACAGAACACAGAAGAUGGACAGCAAAUAUUUUGUAAAUAUAUACUAUAGAGCAUAAGGUAUAAUGUAUAUUACUGUAUUAAAAAUAAUCUUACAAAUAUAUUUACAAAACAAGAUAUUAAUACAGUAUAACCUCGGUACAAAAUUAUAUUGACAAUUCUAGUGGGAUUUCAUUAUACAUACUCAUGCAUUAACCAGUACAUGCUUUGACACUUGCUACACUGUACAUGUAUAUGUUAAUAUUACGAACAUUUUUAAGCUUUAACAGUAUCUGGUCUAAAUGUGAAAAAAAACUUUCAUGUUUUGCCAAAAAAAAUUAAAUAAUAUUGUUUACAUUUCUAUCAUCAAUACCUCAUAAAAUUUAAAAGUGAAAACAAUUUGACUACAUAACAGCAGUUUAUAAAUGUAAAUCAUCCAUAUAACCUUGAUUGUAUAAUAACUACAGCAUAUCCACAACCCUGUAAAUCCAGCUCUCAGCAAAACUUCAUUCACAACCCUCAUAAUCACAGACAUGAUGGCUAGAUAGUAUGGAAGCUAGAUAAUCCAGAAUACUAGUUAGCAUUUUUACUAUGCUGCAAUAGAAGAAGGUGGGCUUAUUGCCAGGCAUAUGCUUAUCGGCUAAAUACAGGUCAGGUGAUGACUGGAUAAAUGGUUAAAUUUUCUGUAUCCGAUUUAUUCAUUAUUGAUUCUGACAGUUUUUACAUUGCAAGAAUUUAAAUCUUGCCAACCACAGUAUCUAAUGAAACAGACAAAAUUUGGUGUUGAUAGGUAUUAGAGAGUUCACAUAUAUAAUUCUGAUAAAAAAAACAACAUAAAAAUGUCAACUUAAUGAGGGCUCACAAAGACAUACCUGGUCCCCCUACCCUCAAUUAAUGCUGUUUUAUGUGAAGAAGAGAUGUACCCCUACCCUCUCAUCAAUUGAUGGUGCAUGUGUGCUUUCAACUUUGAACAAUGACGACCAUGUUCUAUUAUUACUACAGCAGAGAUUAUGAAAUAAAUCAAUUUAAGGGUUAGUGAGCUAUCGUGUACAAUCUCAAAAGUAUGCCUAUAA